AUGCGCUUUCAAUCACCCUCCUCAUCCUCAACCCUAUCCAUUUCGCCCGCACUUCUCAGAUUUCGUCUUGCAAUCGGCAUCAAUGUUCCUAUAGCCUCAUCGACCGAUUCUCCACCCUCCGAUUUGGAAGGUCUACGUAAAAAUGCCUAUGGGGUUUACAAGUCCGUUCUUUCUCAGCAACGCACGUUCUCUUUACAAUACCACUUAAUCGAGGGCGUGUACUAUUGUUCUAUUCUCUCUCAGCUCGUCAUCGGUGGCGUUCUCGCUUCCUUUGGCGAGCUAUCAAAGACACAUCCGCAGACCGUUACUGUACUGGGUGUUGCCAACAGUUGUUUAGCUGGAGUUCUUGGAAUACUGAAGAGUCAAGGAUUACCCGACCGAUUACGCAAAGACGAAUUCGAGAUGCGGAAAGUUCAAGACUUUAUCGAAGAAUGUGAUACUAGGCUAGCAGUUGGAUGGGGAGAAACGAUGAGUGAGGCAGAGGUGGACGCUUUGAUCAAGGAAGUGUUUGAUCAAUAUGCUGUUGCUAGGGAUACUACGGAAAUGAAUAGGCCGACGACUUACGCGCAUCAGAGUGAUGGGGAUGAGUAUGGAAAUGGAGGGGGAGUCCAGGAACAAUGCGCAGUGCAUCCUUCGACGACAGAUGCGAGAACGGCUAUUGGAGGGAGACAGAGUAAGAUUUCGGUUGGGGGGAAUGGGAAAUCUUUGCAGAUUUAUUGA